GUAAUUAGGGAAACUUUGAAUCGUGAUGACCCUCUACCUUUGAUGGAAUCAACAAACACUGAAAUGAUCACGGAAACUUUUGAAAUAACCAGUAAAUUUUUAAGACCAUCGAGCAUCGAAGAUAGGACACCGUUAUCCUUCGAUCAAAUACCUGGUCCUACGAUAAUGAAGCUAUGGGAGAAAUAUUGGAAAUACGUGCCGCUGUUCGGUACGCAACUGUUUUCCAGUCUGCUAAUCAACAGAUUCAGCCAGGGACAAUUAAGUUGGAAUCGUAACUUCACGCCGAUUAAAUAUUUUUUUAAUACAUAUGGUUGUAUCGUAAGACUCAACGGUCCAUUAUCCGGUGAUAUCGUCAUGAUUCAUAGGCCGGAACAUAUAGAAGAAGUUUUUAAACAAGAAGGUGAUGUACCUAUUCGCAGUGGUAUCGAUAUUCUUGAACAUUAUCGUCUUCAUUAUCGGAAAUAUCGUCAUGCUGGUGCUUUUUCAAUGCAAAGUUCAGAGUGGUUAGAAUUGAAAGAAAAAGUACAUAAUCCGUUCAACAUGAUAGAUUCUAAAUUUUUUCAAAAACUUGAAACAGUUUCCGAAGAUUUUCUAAAUCGAAUUCGACAAAUACGCAAUAGACAGGAUGAAGUUCCUCAUAAUUUCAACGAAGAUAUAACACGUUGGGGUUCAGAAUGUUUCUUCACUCUUAUAUUCGAUAAGAAACUUGGAUUUAUUGAUUCAACAGGUCAAAAUCCUACUUCUGAGCCAGCAAUAUUCAUUGACGCGCUUACGACCGCUCACAAAUAUUUAAGUCGUUGUGAAACUGGUUUUCAAGUAUGGAGAUUUUUUGAUACUCCUUUUUCUAAAAGACUUUUUUCAGCGUGCGACGUUAUUGAUGGUUUAUUAAAUAAAUACAUUCGUCAAGCACAAAAUACGUUUCGUACACGAUCCUCUGAGGAUACUCCACCAAUUUUAGAAAAAUUAUUAUUAUCUCAACGUCUUCAUCCAGACGAUGUUUCCACUUUAUUAAUGGACAUGGCAAUUUUAGGAGUUCAAGCGAUGACUAAUUGCGAAGCAUUUCUUUUAUAUUUCUUGGCAAAAAGUCCUCGAGUUCAGAAAAAAUUAUAUGAAGAAGUUGUUUCAUUAAUUCCUAAUCCGAAAUCUCCAAUAACUGAAAAUCAUUUGAAAGAUAUGCCGUAUUUAAAAGCUUGUUUGAGAGAAAGCCUAAGAUUGCGACCUGCUUUUCCAUACAUUACCAGAUUAUUACCAAAUACGAUAUGUCUUCAUGGAUACACAGUACCAAAAGGGACUUUUGUAAUAAUGGCCAGUCAAAUAACGUCACAACGAGAAGAAAAUUUUGAAGAUCCAGACAAAUUUCGACCGGAAAGAUGGUUGACUAAUGAAAUGGAUAAUGAUUUUCAAGAAUAUAGUUACUUACCCUUCGGACAUGGUGCACGAUCUUGCUUAGGAAGACACAUGGCGGAAAUACAAAUGUCCUUGCUUACGGCUAAGUUGAUCCGUGAGUUUAAGAUAGAAUAUAAUUAUGCUGAUAUUGGAACCAAUUUUUAUAUGAUGAAUGUACCUGACAAACCUCUUCGUUUUCGAUUCAUCGAUAGAAAUUAAAAAAUGACUAUUAUUAUUAUACGUAUUUAAAUAUGACGAAAUGAUUUUGU